CAUGUUUUUUUCUCAAAUGUAAUGUAGGUACGGUACAUCUUUCCUCGCUACCUACCACUGACAACUCCACAUCUUCUGCCCGCAGCCCCUUUUUUGAAAAAAAAAAAAGAAAAAACCCAGACUUGGAAACACUACGGAGAUGCCUUACAUAUUAAUACGGUUAGGAUUUUGACAAUGCUGCUCAUCUAGGAAGAGCGUGGAAGAGGUGGAGGCUCACGGUCAGGUGCUUUGGUGCCAAUAGAAAAUGGCAUCAGAUCUCAACCGAACUCUGUCCAAGACUUACAUAGGUCUGCAGCUGUGGGUGUUAAUUGUGCUCUGUCUGGGCGUAGUUUUUGUAGUUAUCCUUGGCAUAUCCGUAUGGCUUACUUUUCGAAAGAAAUCAAGACGGGCUAAUGAUAAUCUACCGGUGAGUCAAAUACCCAGUGUUCCAGAGGAAAUUAAAGAUAUAAGUGUUGAUCAAGUUUUGUCCAAUAAUGGUGGCUUUCACACUCUUAAUGAUAAAUUUAGCGAAAAUGAACCCGAGAAGGCCUUGAUUAACUUAGAAAAUGGUGAUCAUAGCAGUCAAUCAGGUUCAUUUAAUAAUGUAGAGAAGGAUGUUUUAGGGACUCAACUGGGUGAAGAAGGGGACAGGGGAACAAUUGCUGUUUAUCGCUCUUCAGCUCAUCCCUUCACUGCUCCUUCACCUUUGUCUGGUCUGCCUGAGUUUUCACACUUGGGCUGGGGUCACUGGUUCACUUUGCGAGAUCUUCAGCUUGCAACCAAUCGUUUCUCAAAAGAAAAUAUUAUUGGUGAUGGUGGAUAUGGAGUUGUUUAUAAAGGCAAUCUGAUUAACGGGACUUCUGUGGCUGUCAAGAAAUUACUCAACAAUCCAGGCCAGGUUGACAAAGAUUUUAGAGUGGAAGUUGAAGCUAUUGGGCAUGUGCGCCAUAAAAACUUAGUUCGACUCCUAGGGUACUGCAUUGAAGGAACCCAGAGGUUAUUGGUGUACGAGUAUGUAAAUAAUGGCAAUCUAGAGCAAUGGCUCCGUGGAGAGAUGCAUCAUCAUGGAUAUCUUACUUGGGAGGCUCGGUUGAAAAUUCUUCUUGGCACUGCUAAGGCGCUAGCUUAUCUACAUGAGGCCAUUGAACCCAAAGUGGUGCAUAGAGACAUAAAGUCGAGUAACAUACUGAUUGAUGACAAUUUCGAUGCCAAGAUAUCUGAUUUUGGUCUGGCCAAAUUGCUUGGUGCCGGGAAAAGUUAUGUUACAACCAGAGUUAUGGGUACAUUUGGUUAUGUUGCUCCUGAAUAUGCCAAUUCUGGCCUCCUAAAUGAGAAGAGUGAUGUUUAUAGCUUUGGGGUUGUGCUCUUAGAAGCAAUUACUGGAAGAUAUCCAGUGGAUUAUGGGCGCCCUCAGUCUGAGGUAAAUAUGGUAGAAUGGCUCAAGAUGAUGGUUCAACUUAGACGCUCUGAAGAAGUGGUGGACCCAAACAUAGAGAGUAAACCGACAACAAGUGCCCUUAAACGAGCUCUUUUGACUGCUUUAAGAUGUGUUGAUCCUGAUGCUGAUAAAAGACCCAAGAUGAGUCAAGUGGUCCGCAUGCUAGAAUCUGAGGAAUAUCCUGUUCCCAGAGAGGAUCGAAGGCGGCGAAAGAGUCAGGCUCCUGUUACAGAGGGCAAGCCUCAAAAUUCAGAGGGAGACUGUUGACAUUUGGAGGAGUGAUAAUUACCCAGGUCGAGGUUCAACCCUAGGAAUCAGGCUUGACAUGGACAAGAAACAAUUUAUAGAAGUUGGCCUGUCUCAAAAAGGCAGGGAACAUAAGCAGGCAUUUGAGUGAUCCCGAUUUUCCUUUGCCACCUUAAUAUUUGUUCGAAGAGAUCGGAAGACGAUUAGCAUGUAUUUGAAAAGGGGAAGUCUCGCAAGAGCGCCACUGGUGCCUUGUACAGGUUUAUAUGGAGUUCUGUUGUCUUUUUCUUUUUCUUUUUCCUUUUCCUUCUAUCUUUUGGUUGUAGAUCCUUUAGUUAAAGGUUGAUUGCUUAUAAGUGGUUGUUUCUGGGAACAAAAGGUAAAGAACAACAAUGAUACAGGCUUGUUUGAAGUUGUGGGAGGGUUUGUAUUAAAGGCUUCUGUGCUUUCUGGAGAGAAUUAUUCAAAAUACUUGAAGAGAAUCAUAAAGAAACUACCUUUAUCCUUU